AUGCUCCGGCCGGAAUAUACGCAGACUCGGCGUUUCGUCCGCCCCGCAACCCCCACCCCCGCCGCGAGGGUGCCCCCAAGGAGCCGCGCGCGCUGCCUGGCCGGGCUGAGGCUGCUGUGUGAAUGGAGCGGCCGAGCCUCCAGGCUCCUCCUCCUUCCCCGCCGCCGGCCCCUCUUAUUUGAGCUUUGGGAAGCUGGGGGCAGCCAGGCAGCUGGGGUAAGGAGUUCAAGGCAGCGCCCACACCCGGUGGCUCUCCGCAACCCGACCGCCUCUCCGCUCCCCCCUUCCCGCCCGCCCUCCCACUCAUUCACCCACCCACCCAGAGCCGGGACCGCAGCCCAGCAGCCGGGGCCGCGCCUCCUCGCAGUGAUCCUGGACUUCCUCCUGACGCAGGAGCCGGUUUCCACGUGUGCCCCGGAGCCGGCGUCUCAGCACACGUUCCGCUCGGGGCCAGGGUGCCUUCAGCAGCCCGAGCAGCCAGGGAUCCGAGACUCGGGCGGCUUCUGGGCCAAGUUAGGCCCAGAGUGGAGCGCCGAGCCCCCGCAGGGCCGGAGAAGCCGCGGGGCGUCCGGGGCUCAGCCGCAGCAAAUGGGCUCCGACGUGCGGGACCUGAACGCUCUGCUGCCGGCCGUUCCCUCGCUGGGUGGCGGCGGCGGCUGCGCUCUGCCAGUGAGCGGCGCCGCGCAGUGGGCGCCGGUGCUGGACUUCGCUCCCCCGGGCGCUUCUGCUUAUGGUUCGUUGGGCGGCCCUGCGCCACCGCCAGCUCCGCCGCCGCCACCGCCGCCGCCGCCGCCCCACUCCUUCAUCAAACAGGAGCCAAGCUGGGGCGGCGCGGAGCCGCACGAGGAGCAGUGUCUGAGCGCCUUCACUGUCCACUUCUCCGGCCAGUUCACUGGCACAGCCGGAGCCUGCCGCUACGGACCCUUCGGUCCUCCUCCGCCCAGCCAGGCGUCCUCCGGCCAGGCCAGGAUGUUCCCCAGCGCGCCCUACCUGCCCAGCUGCCUCGAGAGCCAGCCCGCUAUUCGCAACCAGGGAUACAGCACGGUCACCUUCGACGGGACGCCCGGCUACGGCCACACGCCCUCCCACCACGCGGCUCAGUUCUCCAACCACUCCUUCAAGCACGAGGACCCCAUGGGUCAGCAGGGCUCGCUGGGCGAGCAGCAGUACUCCGUGCCGCCUCCAGUCUACGGCUGCCACACCCCCACCGACAGCUGCACUGGCAGCCAGGCCCUGCUGCUGAGGACGCCCUACAGCAGUGACAAUUUAUACCAAAUGACCUCCCAGCUUGAAUGCAUGACCUGGAAUCAGAUGAACUUAGGAGCCACCUUAAAGGGAGUUGCUGCUGGGAGCUCCAGCUCAGUGAAAUGGACAGAAGGGCAGAGCAACCACGGCACGGGGUACGAGAGUGAUAACCACACAACACCUAUCCUCUGCGGCGCCCAGUACAGAAUACACACCCACGGCGUCUUCAGAGGCAUUCAGGACGUGCGGCGUGUGCCUGGAGUUGCCCCGACCCUUGUGCGAUCAGCGUCUGAGACCAGUGAGAAGCGCCCCUUCAUGUGCGCGUACCCGGGCUGCAAUAAGAGAUAUUUUAAGCUGUCCCACUUGCAGAUGCACAGCCGGAAGCACACUGGUGAGAAACCAUACCAGUGUGACUUCAAGGACUGUGAACGAAGGUUUUCUCGUUCAGACCAGCUCAAAAGACACCAGAGGAGACAUACAGGUGUGAAACCAUUCCAGUGUAAAACUUGUCAGCGAAAAUUCUCCCGGUCCGACCACCUGAAGACACACACCAGGACUCAUACAGGUAAAACAAGUGAAAAGCCCUUCAGCUGUCGGUGGCCCAGUUGUCAGAAAAAGUUUGCCCGGUCGGAUGAAUUAGUCCGUCAUCACAACAUGCACCAGAGAAACAUGACCAAACUCCAGCUGGCGCUUUGA